AGCUCCACAUGCUGCUGAGCAGGGUCUUCUCUGACCAUGGCACGAAGAGUGGCGAUUGUUGGGGCAGGCGUCAGCGGGCUGGCGUCUCUCAAAUGCUGCCUGGACGAAGGGCUGCAGCCCACCUGCUUUGAGAGGUCCAAUGGCAUCGGGGGACUGUGGCAAUUCACAGAAAUCCCUGAAAAGGGAAAGACCAAUGUUUACAGAUCUGUGAUAACCAACACUUCCAAGGAAAUGACCUGCUUCAGUGAUUUUCCAUUCCCAGAGGAUUGCCCCAACUACCUGCAUCACUCUGUGCUCCUGGAGUACCUCAAGGCCUAUGCUGAACAAUUUCAUCUUCUUGACUACAUACAUUUUAAGACCACAGUAUACAGCAUCAGAAAACACCCGGAAUUCACAGCCACUGGGCAAUGGGUGGUUUGUACUGAAACUAAUGGGCAGCAAGCAUCAGCCAUUUUUGACGCUGUUAUGGUUUGCAAUGGCCGUUAUGCAGAGAUCAAUCUACCACUAGCUUCUUUUCCUGGGAUUGAAAAUUUUCAGGGUCGCUACUUUCACAGCUGGGAAUACCGAGAUCCAAAAGGGUUUGAAGGGGGAAAUGUCAUUGUAAUUGGUGCUGGGAGCACUGCCGGAGAUGUCGCUGCGGAGAUCAGUCGAGCAGCUGCUAAGGUUUUUCUCAGCACCAGACGUGGGACAUGGGUGAUAAGUCGCAUUUCAGAGGCUGGCUGGCCUUUUGACCUGGUCUACUCAACUCGCUUUAGGGGGUCUAUUCUAAAGCUCCUUCCAGAAGGCAUCAUGGGCAAGAUGCUGUCAAAGAUAUGCAAUCGGUGGUUUAACCAUGAAAACUAUGGAUUGGUUCCUAUUCAAAGUUCCUGGAUACCUUUCAUUUUGAAUGAUGAGCUGCCCAGCUGCAUCCUCUGUGGUGGCGUGGUGGUAAAACCAAAUGUGAAGAGGUUUACUGAGACCUCAGCCAUCUUUGAAGAUGGAACAGUAGAAGAGAACAUAGAUGUGGUCAUCUUUGCUACAGGUUACAAUGCUGCAUUUCCCUUCUUGGAGGAGUCUGUUGCUGAUGCCUGCAGAAACAGCACAUCCCUUUAUAAACAGGUCUUCCUUCCUCAACUGGAGAAGCCUACACUGGCUGUCAUUGGCUAUAUAUCAGUAACUGGGUCCAUUCUGCCAGUGGUGGAACUUCAAGCUCGCUGGGCCACAAGAGUGUUUAACGGGUCAAGUAAGCUCCCUCCAGUGAACAGACUGAUGAGUGAGGUUGCUAAACAGAAGAAUUAUCUCCUUAAAAGGAAUAUUCCCAGUGACAAAGCAAGGGCAAGUUAUGUUGCCUACAUGGAUGAAAUUGCGGACUGUAUAGGUGUUAAGCCCAACGUGCCCUGGCUCUUCCUAUUAGAUCCCAAACUAGCCUUGUCAGUUCUCUUUGGCCCCUGCAGUUCUUACCAGUACCGCCUGAAUGGACCUGGAAAGUGGGGAAAAGCCAGAAGUGUAAUCCUGACCCAGUGGGACCGAGUCCUAAAGCCUUUGAAGACUCGAGUCAUAGAUGACUCUCCCAAACAGUCCACAGUUUCUUGCUGGGUUAAAGUCCUUGGCUUGUCUACAUUCCUUGGGGUUGCCAUACUCUUUUUUAAAUGCUCAUCUCCUUCACGGUUAAAAUGAAUAAAGUGAAGGGAUACGUGCCCGUUGCAGAUUGCACUUGUUUCAUAUUUAGUGCUUUAAUCAUAGUUGUGGUGUGUGCAUCUGAAUACCUUACCGCAUUGGUUUUAAGAAGUUGAUCAUGGCAUGGAAAUUAUGUAGUCCAUAAAAGCUGUGUACAAAA